GGGGAAUUUCAUUCUUCUUUCUGUUCUCUCGUCCAGCUUCUCCUCAGGAGCUUAUCCAUACACGGGUGGCUGUUUGAGCGGCUCGUGGCCUGGUUUCCCCUCCUUACAGCCCGUUCUCCGACGCCGCACAUAGUCGCGACUCUCCUUCCCCACACAACAUGAAAUUGGAUGUCAAGAGACAGCUGUUCGCCCGCUCGGAGCGGGUGAAGGGCAUUGAUUUCCAUCCCACAGAGCCAUGGAUCCUUACGACGUUAUACAGCGGUCAUGUAUACAUCUGGUCUUAUGAAACCCAGUCUAUUAUCAAAACCUUCGAACUCACUGAUGUCCCUGUACGAGCCGGUCGUUUUAUCGCUCGCAAAAACUGGAUCGUCUGCGGAUCCGAUGACUUCCAACUUCGCGUUUACAAUUACAAUACCUCCGAGAAGAUUGCUUCAUUCGAGGCUCACCCGGAUUACAUCCGUUCAAUCGCAGUGCAUCCCACUCAACCCUUCGUUCUUACCGCAUCCGAUGACAUGACAAUCAAGCUCUGGGACUGGGAGAGGGGCUGGAAAUGUGUCCAGGUAUACGAAGGCCAUAGCCACUAUGUGAUGGGACUGUCGAUCAACCCCAAAGAUACGAACACUUUCGCAUCCGCUUGCUUGGACCGCACUGUCAAGAUCUGGAGCCUUGGCUCGCCGCAUGCCAACUUCACCCUGGAGGCCCAUGAAACCAAAGGCGUGAACCAUGUGGAUUACUACCCCCAGGCGGAUAAGCCAUACCUCCUCACGACAUCGGAUGAUAGGACUGUUAAGAUCUGGGAUUACACGACGAAGGCGCUCAUUGCAACCCUGGAAGGACACACGAGUAACGUUUCGUUCGCCUGUUACCACCCGGAAUUGCCGGUCAUCAUUUCUGGAUCGGAGGACGGAACCAUUAAGAUCUGGCAUGCGAAUACAUAUCGGUUGGAGCAGUCGCUAAGCUAUGGCUUGGAACGGGCCUGGUGUAUCGCCUACCAGCGCGGCAGGCAGGGAGUUGCGAUGGGUUUCGACGAUGGUGCGGUGGUUGUGAAGAUGGGCCGAGAGGAGCCGGCCGUUUCAAUGGACGGAUCAGGAAAGGUUAUUUGGGCCAGGCAUAACGAGGUUGUCUCUACUGUCAUCAAGGGCGGUGAUGCCAGCAUCAAGGAUGGGGCUCCACUGUCUUUGCCCACGAAGGAAUUGGGAUCAUGCGAGGUCUACCCUCAGACGUUGUCUCACUCCCCCAAUGGACGUUUCGUUUCGGUGUGUGGUGAUGGUGAGUACAUUAUCUACACUGCUCUUGCCUGGAGAAACAAGGCCUUUGGACAGGCGUUGGACUUCGCCUGGGGUUCCAAGGACAACAGCAACGACUACGCCAUUCGGGAGUCCACCACCAGCGUUAAGAUCUUCAAGAACUUCAAGGAAGUGAGUGGUGGCCUGGACGUUGGCUUCCAAGCCGAGGGCCUCACCGAUGGUGUGCUUCUUGGUGUUAAGGGACAAGGAGGUAUCGGCAUGUUCGACUGGGAGACAGGUAAUCUGGUCCGACGCAUUGAAGUCGACCCAAAGGCUGUCUACUGGUCCGAGUCCGGCGAGCUGGUGACCCUCGCUUGUGAGGAUACUUUCUACGUUCUUCGGUUCUCCCGGGAGAACUACAUCAAUGGUCUCAACGCUGGCGAGGCCGAUGAAGAUGGUGUGGAGUCUGCUUUCGAAGUUGUCACCGACAUCAACGAGUCUGUUCGCACAGGUCAAUGGGUUGGAGACUGCUUCAUCUACACGAACUCGACAAACCGCCUGAACUACCUGGUCGGUGACCAGACCUACACCAUUUCCCACUUUGACCAGGGGAUGUACGUCUUGGGCUACCUGCCCCGCGAUGGUAGGGUCUAUCUGGCCGACAAGGACGUCAACGUCGUGUCUUUCGGCCUUUCCCUCAGCAUGGUCGAAUACCAGACCGUGGUGCUGCGUGGCGACAUGGACAUGGCGGCUGAGCUGCUCAAGGAUGUCCCCCAGGACCAGAUGAACAAGGUUGCGCGAUUCCUCGAAGGCCAGGGCUAUAAGGAGAUGGCCCUCGAAGUGGCGACUGACCAGGAACACCGGUUCGAGCUGGCACUCGGGCUCAACAACCUCGACAUCGCCCUGGAGAUUGCCCGCGAAGCCAAUGUCGAGCACAAGUGGAAGACUGUCGGAGAUGCUGCCCUGGCAGGAUGGAACCUGGCUCUGGCCCAGGAAUGCUUCACCAACGCCAAGGAUGUUGGCUCGCUCCUCCUUCUGCAGACCGCCAGCGGCAACAAGGAUGGUCUGCGCCAGCUGGCCGAGCAAGCCUCGGAAGCGGGUCUCCACAACGUCGCCUUUUCCACCUUCUGGUCCAUGGGCGAUGUCGACGGCUGCAUCGAUCUCCUGGUGCGUACGAACCGCCUGGCGGAAUCUGUUCUCUUCGCACAGACCUACAAGCCUUCUCGCGCCCCUGCGCUCGUCGCACAAUGGAAGGAGUCUCUAGAGGGCUCCGGAAAGACCAAGAUCGCCCGUCUCAUUGGUAUUCCGCCGGGCUGCCCUGACGUCGCCGCGGAUGAUGACCUCUUCCCAGAGUGGGAUGAGUAUAUCCGUCUCGAGAAGGAAGGAGUGACGAUUCCAGAGCCCCCGUCAUCAGAGUCUCUGAUUGACGUGAACGCAGACGAGGAAGAUGAGUCGGCAGCCAAUGGCGACGAGCCUGAGGAGGAAGCCGAGGAAGCCGAGGAAGCCGACGCAUGAUAUGAUAAUGUGAUCAAGGGGGAAAAGCUGACGUGAUGUGAUUGAAAUGGUGGCUUUCAUUAAUUCUGCAGUGGAGAGGAAAAUCAUUUCGUGUAUUGUUGGCACGCCUACCAAC